GUUUCUAUAUUUCAUAUUGUAUUACUACUUUUCAGGAGCAGUUUUCAUUGGAGCAGAUAUGUGGGGGAACAGCUGUGUUCCCUACCAGUGAACGUUGUAUUAACAUGCUUGUUAACUUUAUACUACCACUAUGUGUAAGGGUAGGAUGUGGCAGGAGAGACACACCAAAGCUGAGACAAGUGGACAUAAACUUUGCUCUCCAAGUUAUUCUCAAUGUAUUGAGUCCUCCAGCAAAGACAUCCAGCGGUAGUCAGAACAGCACCAAAUCUGCGAUGCAUCAUCUGUCCAUCUCGGAACACGGUCGCUGCGGCAGCAUGAGUCAUAAUAGUCACAAACAUUACAUCAAAUACCAGGGCAAUGAACUGCUUAUACACACAGCUUAUCUUGGUCUAGAGAUACUAAUGGCUUGUUUUGAUAAACCAUUAUCCCCAGAAUGGCACAGGGUGGCAAAAUGCAUCAUACAAAACUCUCAGCUGAGAGUUUGCUUACCUCUAUGGAAAUUCCUGGAUUUUGUUGUGACUCACAGGCCUUCAGUUUUCCUGAUGUUACAACCAUUUAUACAGUUCAAGAUGAUGAGAGUUAAUUGUGACACAGCUCAGGAGUAUUAUAUACAACAGACAAUCAAAGAUAAACUUCAAGGUUACAGCUUUACCCAUCCUAAAUGUACAGGCUCUGUUCUGGUGGAGCUGGCCUUAGAAUUGAAGAGCAUCAAAGAGGAGUUUGUUGCCACUGGAGGAGAAUACCGGUCUAGGUCAGCUACUAUGGUAACAGACAGGUCUGACUUCUCACAGACGCAAACAACAAACAGAGCUAGAGUAGAGAUGUCUGAAAUCACUACAGAAAUUAUAGGACCACCUAGACCUACACUAGCUACUAUAGGAAAAAGAGCAAGCAAAGCUACAAUUCUGUCACAGGGGAGUUCUAAUACAAGUGCACCAUUUAAAGCAACAGUGGUGACCUCUAGCUUUGACAGUGGUAGCCCAUCAGGUCGUAGACUGUCAAGUGGUCAAAGAAUAUCAGCUAAGGAUGGUACAAGGAUUCUAGAAAAGUUCAAGAAAGCAACACAAGAUGACUUGUCCCCUACUGACCAGAUAGUACCAGAAUCACCAUACAAGCUUGGACGUCAACCAACAAUUGUAUUCAGACCUCCCAUGUCGAACCAGAACAGUAUAGAUGAACAACACCAUGCGGAAAUACAGUAUGAAAAUGAAGUUGGUCCAGACAUUAUUGAAGGGCAGGAUCUCAAUCCACGAGAACACCGUCUUCAAAGACAAGAUGCCAAGAGUAGGAAAACAUUCAAGAUGAAGAGAACCAAAACCAAACCAACAAGUGUACGGAGGUUUAUUACACGCCAAGGUAUGAAUGAUACUAGUGACACGGAGAGCAACAGUACUGAAGGCUCACCAACACGGAGCAACACGCUAAGAGCUAAAGGCAUGAAGGAAAAAGAGAAUCUGCGCCUUCACAGAACAGGGACUGGUACCCAAACACCAAGAUCUGCUUCCCCAGCUCGCAUGGCCAAGUCUUCUGAAACAAUACAUGAAACUAAAGAAGAUACCAAAAAGCCAAGUCGACCACGUUACAUACAGAGAUCAAAAUCACAUGAUGACCCACACGCUGAUAUCCACGCUCCGUCGGGUACUGCUAGAGGUCGUAUAGCAAGGCAAGGUGCAAGGAUAGUGAAAGACCGAUCACCUUCAUCAAGUCCUGUUCGUACACCAAGGUCAGCCCACGGUCCUUUAUCACCCCCACCAAGAGAACAGCCCUUUGCCAGCUCUGGUGAAGGUAUUGAGAGCUACGGGUGUAUCUUAGGUGCAGAAAGUCCUCCACAAAGUGCACAAUCAGUGAAGGAAGAACCAUCUCAUUUCAGAUACAGUAUCAGAAAGAGGAAACCUGCCCAUUUACCACCUUCUCAUGACCAACCACCUUUAGUCCCUAUAGACAGUCCAACGAGUGGGUUUAAUUACAGUAAUCCAACUAAUCCAUUCAGUCCACCAGCAUAUGAUAAACCUAAACCUAUCGUCACCUCUCCUGACAAGAAGGACCAUAGUCCAAAAAGCUUGGUACAAUCUCGAAUACACAUGUUUACAAUGCCUGAGGAAACCAAAGCAACCAAUAAGAACAAUACAAAACCAAAUACUGAAGAAUUAAUACCAUCAUUAGCCCCUCCACCUAUACCUACACGCCCAAAUCGCUUUGUUAAGUCGUACACUAUUGAUACAGACACAAUCAGUCCUACAAGUCCAACUAGCCCAACCUACUCAAAACCAUUUACCUCUAGAGAACGUCUUAGGCCUUUUAGUCCAACAAACAAACAAAGAGCUAUAAGCAAACUUUUACAUGAUCUUCCGGUGAGUGAGCAAUCAGCCUUUCACACACCUGCUCCAAAAUUUGCAUCUUAUAAUGUUAAAAACACCAAUCCCUUUCUUAGUUCACCUGACACCCCACCUGAAAGUAAAAUACCAACAAAAGGUAGCGCACAAUUGGAUCCAAUUCAACAAACAUACAUGUCGUCACGAUGUUCUUCAGACGAGUCUUUGACAGAGUUUACUUCAUUAUUGAAGGAUGACGAGAAAUCAGAUUCAAGAUCAUCAGUGUGCAUCUACUUUGAUGGGAAAGAUAUUCCCGAUACACUUGUUUAGCCAAUGUAUGAAUAUUAACGUCCAGUGUGAAAAAUAUAUUCAAACAUUAGUGGGUAUAAACUUUGUUGAAAAAAUUGACUCUGAAAGAAUAUUUUGGAUUUGAAAAUGUUAAAAUGUUUUCCAAAUGUGUUAAAAAUGCUUGAAAUGGAUUAUUGAAGUUUAAUAGACUUUUAGUGAAAUAGAAAUAUUUUUAGGACUAUUAACUUAGUUAUGUGAGUUUAAAUCUUUUUAAAAACAGAGAAGGAUUCUGCUUGAAUAAACAGUAGAAUUAUCUUUUAAUGAGUUAUUUGUUGGAAAUGAUAUUUAUAGAACACAUGUUUAUAUUCUUGUUAAAUUUCUGUAUGUCACUGGAACGGAUAUUUCCGAUUCUCUCCUAUUCUGAAUCAAACAAAAAAAAACAAAAAAACAUUGUUUUGAAAUGUAAAGAUAUUUUUAUUAGUAUUUUUGUUAUGUUUUACAAGAUUUAAAUCAUUUAAUUGUAUUAUGUUUUAUUCUUGUUUUGUAUACAUGUCAUUAUCUAGAGAAUUGUUAAUUGUUUAGUGUUAUGAUUUUAUUAGAAACUGUUCUUGUGAUACGAUUUUUAGCAUUUCAUGGCAUUGAACAUUUGAUAUUUUGUCCUACAUUGAACAUUAUAUGAGCCGCGUCACGACAAAACCAACAUUGUAAGUUUGCGACCAGCAUGGAUCCAGACCAGCCUGCGCAUCACUGCAGUCUGAUCAGGAUCCAUGCUGUUUGCUUACAAGCCCUAUUACAAGUAGAAACUGAUAGCGAACAGCAUGGAUCCUGAUCAGACUGCGUGGAUGCAAAGGCUGGUCUGGAUCCAUGCUGGUCGCAAACGCACUAUGUUUUUUUUUGUCGUGAUGCGGCUCAAUUAUUAGUUUUAUGUUUCAUUGUGAUCGUUUAAGGUGAGAUAUUACACAUGCUGUAGCUGAAGUGUUGUGUUACACCAUGUUUCUUAUACAUUAUUAUUAUGAGUUCUGGAUGAUCAUGAUUUUUAUGUCAUGGGCAUGUAUAAAGAACAAAAUAAUAUCCAUGUGCUGUGACUAUGUUUAUUAUUCUUAAGUAUUUUAUAUGUUUAAUACAUGACAGUUGUUAACUGAAAAUUGUUUAUCUGGUUGGUAUCUUUUGUUGUCUUUUUGUGACAGAUUUUCAUGCCAACAAUGACUGAUGAGUUAAAUUUAACUGAAUUUAUCAUAUUCUGUUAGAAUUGUCACUAAAACAGAAAUCGCUAGAGCACUGGACUUAAAAUAAUAGUGAAGGCUUAAGUAUGUGACCAUCUAUUUGGUGAAUUUCUACGAGCAAAAAUCAACAGUAAAGUUCCUAUUUUAGAUUUAUUGUACAUUUAAAAAUGUACAUUGUACCAUUUUGGGGAAAUAACAGUUUCUGUCAAUUGUCAGUGGGUCCAGUGAGACCUUAGUAUUCCAUACAUAUAAAAUGGAUUUGAGUUCAAUGAUAAUAACAAAGUUAGUUUUUACACUGCCAAUACUUCGAAUCAGUUAUUCAAUUUCUUAGUAGAAGGUGUUCUCACACUUGUUUUUGUCUUCCUCAUAGAAUAAUUUACAAUCAAAAUAGUAUUAAUGGUAUGUGUUGAUUUGUUUUGUGAUAUAAAAAUAGUUGUAGUUGUUGGUUUGAAUUUAGAUAAUAUUUUUGUUGUUGUUGUUGUAGUUAAUUCAUCUGUCGCUUUUAUACGCUUUGUUCACAUCAGUGAAAUAAGGCUGUAUAUCAGUUAUUACAUACAUUAAGUUUUGAGUUGCUUUGCCAGAAAUAUUAACAUGAAUUAUAUAUAAAAGCUCUCAUAAAUGUUAUUUGAGAUAUUACAUACAGUUAAUAAUGUAAUUUUAUUAUAAUUUUCUUUUUUUCUUUAAUUUCUUUGCCGAAAGUGUUAAAGCAUUUACACAUGUUAGCAAUGUGACUACAGGUUUGAACAUGUAUAUACUUUCUGUAAAAGUCAGAUUUACCAAAGUCUUGACAGUAGAUUGGUUUGCAUAGUUUUAUAAUGAAUCAAAAUCAUUUAAGCAAACAUUUGGUAGGGCCAAUUUAAAUUUUCAAUAUUUAUUGGGUGUUUAUUUUGGAAGGUAGAUUUUUUUUUUUAAAUCCUGCAAGUCGAAUGUUGGAAUACAUGUACUUGAGUGCCAAUCAUUAACAGACGGGGAUUAAUUUAAAACCAUUAAAAAAAAAAUAAAAUUACAUUACAUUCUUAUUGUUACCAUAAUAUUAUGAGUAAGUGUAUCUAUCAAUUUUAUUUCAAAGAUGGAGACAGAAAAAAUAGGUAAGCAGUUUAUUGUUUAUUUACUGUUUUUAUAAAAAAUCUUAAACAUGAAAGCAUCGUUAAUUUUAAUUGUUUUGAAGUUGUUGCAAAUAAAUAUUUUUAUCAGUUUUGUUUUUAAGCAGGCCACAUUUUUAUUGACUUUAAAAUUGAUAUGUGGUAUUAAAUUUCUUUCACUUUUUAGCUCACCUGUCACAAAGUGACAGGGUGAGCU